CUUGGCUGCGUCUUGGGCCCUUCCCAUUCCGGGCACUGUGAUGAGGCAAACGUGACUUGUGCGCGCGCAGUGCAAAACCCGUGCGAGUGGUGGCGCAUGUCCUGCGCGCGGCCCUGUCUUGGCUGUGGUACGUUGUGCCUGCGCGUCCACCACCAUCAUCAUGACAGACAGGCAGGCAACCAGCCUUGCAAGUCCAACCUACCUACUCGUACCCAGCAGCAGUGCUCUGCCGCCGGCAGUAGCGUGAAGAACUCAAAUCAACCAGUGUGCCAGUCUGCCCGACCAGCCAGCCAACCAGCCAGCCAGCCAGCCAGCGGGUCCUUCCCUUCCCGUUUCUCUCCCUCUCUUCUCUUCACCCUAGCAAAUCGCACCCUCACGCAUAGUCGAUACAUGUACACGUACUUGUACACGUACACACACAUACUCGAGUACACGCGCGCGCGCUCGCGGGCGGCGCACGUAGCCGCUGCCACUGGCUUUGGCUUUGGCUCUGAUACUGGUGCUAGCGCUGGAGGGUCGGGCGUCUUUGUACUCGAGUACGUCUGGACAUGUAUGUACACGUAGAUGGUGUGUACUCGAGUAUGAGUAGGUAGCCGCCCGUUUGCUUGGCCUGUCAGCCUGACAGGCGGGUGGACGGGUGGAUGGCUGGCUGGUUCGCUGGCUGGAAGCGGGUGUUACGUGUGGUUGUGGUGGUGGUGGUGGAGUUGUGGAGUGCAAAGAUAGUCAGGUAGAGUACUCUAGUCAGUUGA